AUGUCUGUUGGAGGUUGUGCUUGUCCCGGCUGUUCGUCAAAGUCAUUCAAGCUGUACUCUCCUAAGGAGCCCCCAAACGGCGGCAGCUUUCCCCCCUUCCACCCAGGAGCUAUGCUGGACAGAGAUGUGGGGCCUACACCCAUGUACCCCCCAUCAUACAUGGAGCCUGGAAUGGGGAGACCCACACCGUACGGGAACCAGACAGAUUACCGGAUAUAUGAGCUGAACAAAAGGCUACAGAAUUGGACAGAGGACUGUGACAAUCUGUGGUGGGAUGCGUUCACCACAGAGUUCUUCGAGGAUGAUGCCAUGCUCACCAUCACUUUCUGUCUGGAAGAUGGACCCAAACGAUACACCAUCGGCCGGACAUUGAUUCCACGAUAUUUCCGAAGUAUUUUCGAGGGGGGUGCCACUGAGCUGUUCUACGUUUUGAAGCACCCAAAGGAGUCCUUCCACAGUAACUUUGUGUCUCUCGACUGUGACCAGUGCACCAUGGUGACCCAGAACGGCAAACCCAUGUUCACACAGGUUUGUGUGGAGGGCCGCCUGUACCUAGAGUUCAUGUUCGAUGACAUGAUGAGGAUCAAGACGUGGCACUUCAGCAUCAGACAACACAGAGAGGUCCUCCCAAGGAGUAUUUUGGCCAUGCAUGAUCCCCAAAUGCUCGAUCAGCUGGCUAAAAAUAUCACCAGAUGUGGGCUGUCCAACUCCACGCUCAACUACCUCCGUCUAUGUGUGAUAUUGGAGCCCAUGCAAGAGUUGAUGUCGAGGCAUAAGACGUACAGCUUGAGCCCCAGAGACUGCCUGAAGACCUGCCUCUUCCAAAAGUGGCAAAGAAUGGUCGCACCUCCAGCUGAGCCCGCCAGACAAGCUCCAAACAAGAGGCGGAAAAGGAAGGUGUCCGGUGGAAGCACCGUGAGCACCGGCGGAGGCAACAAUAACAACAGCAACAGCAAAAAGAAGAGUCCAGCCAACAGCUUUUCACUCUCCAGCCAGGACGUGAUGAUGGUGGGAGAGCCCACUCUGAUGGGAGGGGAGUUUGGUGACGAGGACGAGCGUUUGAUCACGCGCCUGGAGAACUCGCAGUUCGAUGUGGCGAAUGGCCUGGAGGAUGAGGACAGUUUCAACAGCUCUCCUGCACUGGGGGCACACUCACCCUGGAACAACAAGGCCCCCUCCAGUCAGGAGAGCAAGAAUGACAACUCCCAGUCGUCCCAGUAGAGUGCCGAGGUCCCAGUCAGACCCUUUUUUUCAAUGCUUAAAUCCUACUGGGAUCCAUCUGAGCCAACACACUAGUGACAGGAGUCAGGGAGGGCGGCCUCGAGCACUUGUGUUCAACAUUUUUUUGUUUGUUUUUGUUCCAUCAUGUUCUUUUAAAAACAAACAGAGAUUGAUAGGGAAUGGACAAUAGCUGAUGGACUGAUAAAACUCUUACUGUCACAUGAUGGACAGGGUCAGCAGAAGCCCACCCCUCCCUCACGUAGCUGCACAUGAUCAGUGGUGCUCAGCCUUGGCCCUCGUCUGCUCGGCUCCGCUCAGUCCUCUCAGAGGUGUGGUGAGACUGGCGGGGGUGGCGGCGUGGGCGCAUGUGUCUUUACCCCCCCCUCAUCGCUCACCACAGUGUUUGAGCCAAAGUUGGCGUGUCCUGUUGUUCGAGUGCUUGCCAUGGCGACCGUGUCAGUGGGUUCUUGUUCCAACCUCGGGUCUCUCAGGCGUGCGUUCUCCUUGACGAUGCACCCCGUUGUUUCUGUUGUGCUCAUGUCACAGGGAAGAAAUGCUUAGCUUUAAUUUAACUUUUUGUUGCAGGCUGCAGAAAACUGUGUGCACUCUUAGUAUCAAAAUUCAACUUCGGUUUUUAAAAACUCAA